CUCAUCUAGGCGGGGCGCCUUUUCAAAAUCCGGAAGUGCAUCGGCCACGUGAUGCGAAUCAGCGUCACGAGGUAAUAGUCAGGUGCUUUCGGAGUGCCUUCUGCUCUAUUGAAUCAGUUACUGUGCGUACGGUUCAGCGUGAAUUCGCAUUUGUUUGACCCGGCCUCAACUCGACUUCCAGGAUGAUGAGAGGCACGGGAAAGCCGAGCAAUAUGGUCCGCGUGUCAUUCUUCGCACUGUUCGCUGUCUGUCAGCUUGCCUUCGCCUGCGCCUGCACGCCCGCUGUGAUCUGGUCGCACAAUUCAUCCGAUAUCGAUGCGAUGUACAGAACGGUACCGUCGAGUCCGUUGCAGAAGCUGACUCCCGACGAGUUCGAAAGGAGCCUGUUGCAGUUGAACGUUACCGAGCCAGUGAUCGUCGUUGAGGAGCUGUGUGUCGAGGAUCUGUGGAAUAACAAGGUGCUGUCAAAUGCCACUAAUGGUUCCAAAAUAUUUUAUUUCCCAUGUGUCGAUUCGCCCAACGAGGUCUUUCAAAAGAUAUAUAAAAAAAUAAUAUCAGGGAAUGUUAAUGAGUUCAACAUGAUCUUCAAGGACAUCGAUUUGAGCGGAUGCAUAGCACUUACUGGAAAACAGUGUCGUUACAGCACUGAGCGAAUAAAGAGAGAAGCGCUUGCGGACAAUUCUACUUCAGAAUUCAAGAUAAAAACAGACAAUGUUCUGUUGUAUUCCGCUCAACCAUUGAUACUCAAGAUAUCUGACAAGCCAGAAGUGCAGCUUGUUCAAUCUAAAGUCAGCGGAAUGUCGUCUCGUAAGAGCAAUGAGAGCACGGUGAUCUUAACUAUCAAGCUCACCGAUCAGACCAUCAACAAUCUAACACUCGAGUUUUUCUUCGAGGUCAAAAGCGCCGGCUACUACACGUUGAACAAAGUGACGACCAAUGGAGUUGAUCUAUUCACCAAGCGAGACAUUUCUUUUCCGUUCGGUUUCUCUUAUCAUUGCUCGCCGAAAACUACUUUCACGGACGGUACUACAUUCUUAAGUAUCACGGAUAUGCAAGUACAGGUCGAUCACAAAGAUGCGACGUUUAGCGACGCGUACGACUGCGUUGGUUUUACCAGUAUACCAAUUUGGACGGGGAUAUUCGUGACGAUAAUACUGGGCUUGAUCAUGAUAUGGGCGCUCACCAUGAUCAUGGAUAUCCGCACGAUGGACAGAUUCGAUGAUCCUAAGGGGAAAACCAUCACGAUUUCCAGCGCGGAGUAGAAUAAAAA